AUGAGGAAAAAUUAUAUCAAAUUACAAUCUGAUUCAGAGUUUAAAUAAGAAGAAACCAAAACUUUUGAUGAAGUUAAAUACAAUAUCUUUAAGACUUAUUUUGCCUUAUUAGAAUCAAAAACAUUAUCAUAAAGUAAGGGUAUACUAAUGAUAUUGAUUUUGAAUUUACAAUUAAUAUUCAUGACUGCAAAUGAUAAGAAUACUGAUUUGUAAAGUGGAUUUAUUUCAAGUUUUUUACCAAUCAGUAAUUAUUUUUUACUUUAUCCUGUAUUAUUGUCAUCAGAUUCGAUUUUAUUUAAUAUGCUAUUCUUGGUUAUUGCUCUUUUAGUCUUAAUAUUCCUGAUCACAUCGAUUCUAUAUUUUGCAUCUACAAGUAAUUACGAUAAUCCACUGGUCAAAUAAUUGAGAUCAACUUGGGGAUUCAUUUCAGAAUUGACUGAUAAAAUAUUGGUCGUGCCAGUAUUUGGUUUGACAGUAGGCAACAUAGCUUGCAACUUUGAAAACAAUCAAACAGAAUGUUAUAGUGGUGUGCAUAUAGGGUUGAUAAUUAUGUCAAUAUUAUGCUCUUUGAUGUUGCUGUUAUUAGAAAUAUUGUAUUCUUAUUUGUUCUUUAAUUUUACUUUCAAAAUCAAAGACUCUGUGUCUAGAAACCCAUCUGGGAUGCCAAUCUUUUUUUUCAUUUACAGACUUGGAAUCACCAUAUUUUAAUCGCUAUUUGAUUUGGAAGUCCAAUAAACAUACACUAUAUUAGUGUUAUUACAUCUGAUAUUUGGACUCAUUUUGCUAUAUGACUCUCUAAAUAAUUUUCCAUAUCAUAAUAAAAAUGUCUCUAAAACCUAAGGUAUUUUUGCUUCUGCCUAUUUGUGGAUCAAUGCUACUUUUAUAGUUCUUCAACUAACUUCAAUUGAGAUGCUACAUGAAAAUGUAUUAGUGAUUGUUGGUUUGGGAAUGGCCUUCUUCUUAAAAUUAUUUCUGAACAUUAGAAAUUAUUUUGUAAAAGUGCUGAUGAAUAGUGAAUUAGAUGAAAUUCAGAGUGCUGUGUUAUUGGAUCUAAAAAUUAGAAAUUAUAACAUCUUAUCUAAGUCAGAUAAUGAAGAAAAGAAGAAUGAAUUGCUUUUAGCUUCUUUAUUAAAGAUCCAUUCUGAUAAAUGCAAAAAUAGUACUUGUCCAUGCAAAAAAAGGAGUGCACUUAUCGAUCCUAAAAAGAAAAUCAUUCAGAGUGAAAUGAAAGCAGCUUCAAUCACUGAUACAAAGUUAUUAAAACAGUAGAAGAAUGAUCAAAAUACUUAAUUACAUAAGGAUUUAGUGUUUGUCAAGCAUUUUAUUGCUAGAAUGGCUAAGGAUGGAUUAAAUAAGUUCAAGGAUUCAAAAUUAUUGUAUCUUGAUUACAUGUACUACAGAUUUGAAGCACUCAGAAUGUAUUCUUCAAUUUACUUUGAAAUUGGUAAGUUUGAAUCCAAAUAUCAUAAUGACAUGAGUUUGUCAAUUGAAUUCUGUCUAUAUAGACUAAGAGCAAGAAUGAAGAAGCAUUUAAUGAAUCGAAAUCAAAAAAGCGAGAUAUCUCGUAGAUUAUAAUUAGAAAAUGUCAAAGCCUUUGAUGAGGGGAUUAUAAGAUAAAAGGAAACUAUUAUGGAAGCAAAUAAACACCUAAACGAUCUUUGGGAAUCUCUGUGCGAAGAAAAGCCAGAUCUGAGCAAAUUGUUAGAUAUUGGGAACAAUGCUAUUAAAACAAUGCAAUUAACUAAUGAUUAGUAUGAGUUUUUACUUCAACUCAAUAAUUAAUCUUAGGAUCUAAAGAAUUUAAUGACUAUCUAUUCCAAUUAUUUAGCUUAUGAUGAUUUAUUGGCUAAGAAAAUCGAAAAAGAUAUUGACUAAGCAAAGGAUAUGGAAAAUGAUAAUUCAUUUUAAUAGGAUUUCAAUAUUUUGAUAAAGAAAUACCAAAUAUUUGAUAAGUAGAGCUGUGUGUUAUCAAUAUCAUCUUAGUUGGAAUCUUUGGGAUAAAUUACUUGGUGCAGUAGAAAUGUAUUUAAUGUGUUUGGCUAUGAUGAAACUGAUCUUAAAUCUAUGAAUAUCAAUUAGAUGAUGCCUGAACCUUUAGGUAAUUGCCAUAGUAAAAUUCUUAAGAAUUAUUAUGAAAAUGCAAGAGAAUUGUUGACCACUAAAAUGACACACAUUUGGGCUAUUGAUAGAGCAAAGAUACUGUUUUCAGCCAAUAUAUUUAUUAAGAUUUUGCCCUCUUUGUAAUCAUAUGAUAUUGUGGGAUUUGUCCAUAAGCUCAAUUAGGAUGAUUACAUAAUUGCAGAUGUGGAUGGGAUGAUUUAUGGAGCUGGGAGAAAAGUGUGUUAAGCUCUUGGAUUGCCACCUGAAAAGAUUUUGGAAACUAAGGUUAAUAUACAAUUGAUUGCUCCUGGAUUCUACUCAGUCUUUUCGGAUUACUUUUUAGAUUUCGACAUCACAGCAAAUAAACAAAAUGAUGGCAAGGGAAAGUUAUCAUAUGAUGAAUACAAUUCUGCAAAUAAACAAUUAGAAACUAAAGAUAUGAAAUAGGUUAUAUUCAUUCAAAAGGAAUUUGAAAAGAGAAUACAAAGUUUUGUUGAGUAUAGAACAAGACUAUUUAAGAAGUUUAAUAUAGAUAUUUUAACUAAGGAAUAGUUGUCAUAAGAAUUUGGAUAAUCGGGAAAUGAUUAGAAGAACAUUAAACUCAUUAAAUAAUGUGCUGAAUUCAAAAAGGAAUAUGCUGCCUUAUUUUAUAAGUAGAAUAAGAAAAUACUUAUUGAUUCUUUAAUUAAAAUGAUUAAAAUCAAAGUGUAAAUCAAAAACUUUACAUAUUGGAAUGGCAGUAAACUAUAGAGAUUAAAAAUUAUCAAAGUUAAUACCUAUGAGUUUAAAACCACUGAAUAUAUUAAAGUUAAUAGGAAGAAGAUUAAGGAAUAAGGAGAAAAGGUAACUUAAGUUUAUAAGAACUUUUAAGAUGCAUAUAACACUUUCAAAUAAAAAAAGAUGAAAUAAAAGAUGUAAGAGGAGUAGGAUAAUGCUGAAGAAAUAGAAGCAGGAAGAGCAGAUGGAGGAGAAGACAACCAAGAAGGCCAAUAAGCCAAAGGGUUUCUAAAUAUGUUUAAAAAGGCUAACAAAAAUAACAGAUCUUCUUUAUUAUAAUUGAAUGUCAAGAGAUUAGGUGGAAAGGGAAAAUAAGUAGAAGAUUAAGAACAAUUGAAGUAGGGUAUUUUAAUGACUCUCUUUAAACCUGUUUCAAAGAAAAAUAAAUUUAAGAGAGUAUCAAAACAAUAAGGCAGUAUGGCCUAAGUUUAAUAUGAAUCAAAACAAUUUAACAAUGACGAAGACGAAGAGAAUGAAAAAAAGAAAAUAGAAGCAACUCCAGAAUAACUAGAAGCUAUGAGAGCUUGUCCAGCUGUUAAUCUACUUUAAAUUGCUCUUAUCAAAGCUAAUAUCUUAGGUUAAACCGAUAUGAGUGCAUUUUUGGAAAAGAAAAAAAAGUUGUAACCAGUAGAUCCUCUAGCUCUUAAAUUUAAAAGAAUAAGAGAAUUUGUAGCUACUGAUAAAUUUAAGACAUUUAUUUAAGAAGAAAAGAAAAGAGCUGAGAUGAGUAAUGAUACACAUUCCACUAAUACUGAUCAAUAUGAUUAGGAGGAUAGAUCAUAGUCAUUUGAUGAAGAUCAACAAGAGGAAAGAGGGCUGUUGCAGAAUAUCCUAAAUAAUCAAGGAGCUAAUGAAGAAGAGAAGGCUGCAAUGCAAUCUGUUAGUAGUUCAACCUAAUCAUUAUAAGCUCAUAAUGCAUAAAGAAUGUUGAGAGAACAGUUAAAGAAUAUGCAAGCACCUACAAUUUUGAUUGUUGCUCAUUAUACUAUGGUAGUAUUGAGUUUGUUGUUAUUUUCUUUGAUAAUUUCUUAGUAUAUAUUAGCAAACAAUGAUUUUAAUGGAAUUAAAGAUGAAUUGUAUAUGUUUGAAAGAAUGAGUAACUACUCUGAUAAUUUAAUUGAAAUUUUGGAUGGUUAUUUUACGCUCUAAAUGAUAAAUGAAGGACCUCUAAAAAAUACAACUAUUUAUGGAUCUGAAUGGGUUGCUUAAUUUAGAAAAAUGAUUUUAUAAAACUAAAUUGAUACUGUCUAAUUCUUCUUGGAUGAUUAUAGUAAUGCUGGAACUCAAUCUAAAAGUGGUAAUGAUUUAAGGUAGUAUUUAUUUAUUUAAAUGAAUGCCAAUAUGCUUGUUAACAAUCAACCAACUGAAUUCUUAUUUAAUUAUGAAAACUAUGUUAGAUUAAUAUUGAAUGCUGCUAAUGCUACCAAAGAUCUAAACAUAUCAUCUUUCACUUUAAAUAGCAGAUAGGAUUACUUCUAUUUUAUCUAUAAUAAUUUGAAUGAAUUUGAUAAUAUCACAGAUUAUAAUUAUAAUCUAAUCACUUAAAUCUUGAUUAAAAGUAAGGAUUUGUUAAUAGAGAGAUUUUAUUAUUUCUGGUUUAGUUGCUUUGGUAUAUUGCUAUUAUUAUAUAUCCUUAUUUAUCCAAUUAUUCUGAAAACUAAAUUAAAAAUCUAAGAAACUUUGAGGAUUUUCACUAAAAUAUCUUUAGCAGAUGUUGAAUAUUAUUCAAAUCAUUACAAAAUGAUCUUCUAUAAUAUGAGAUAAAUUACAGAUACACCUUAAGUUUUGAAGAAAAUUGAAGAGGAAGUAACUAAAGGAACAGAAGAAAAGAAGAAAAAAGAUAAAGAAAAUAAUGCUAAAAACUUAGCCAGAUCAAGAAGUCAUAAGGGAAUUUAAAUAAAUAAGGUAGUGUUUUUUGCCGUAAUGACAUUUUGGUUGAUAAUCUUCUCUGGUUUAAUUUUUAUUAAGGAUUACUUCAUAAUUUUAUUUAGUAGCGAUUUAGAAGGUCUAUUUGCUUCUUAAGAAUAACAACACAGAUUAAAAUAUAAUUCUGAAAGAGACUUUGUCUAUUUCAAAAAUCUCUAUUACUAAUAAUAUAGUUCUUAGUUAAAUUCAACAUUACUACAACAAGUCUUGACUGAAAUAGAUAAUGAAAAUAUAUAUUCCAUAUUCCAAACCAUGUAUCAUUAAUUAGAAGGAUAUUCCACUGAAUUUGCUGAUUUAGUAGACUUUUAUAGUACAAAUAAUACAUGCAGUUCUAUUGCACCCUUAAUAAAUGGAUUUGUUAAUACAAGUCAAGCUUUAUGCGAAUAAAUUCUAGAUGGUAUAUUAACUGAAGGUUUGUUGAAUUUCUAUUAAAAAUUACAAUUGGAAAUGUAAAAUGGGUUGAAUUAAUUACUAACCUAAAAUAAGAAUUCCACCGAACUCAAUAGCUACAUAUCAUAAUAAAUGUUCUAAGAUUUUUAAUUAGGAUUACUUUAUGCCAAAUUGGCAAAUCAACUUAUGUCUAAUUUUGCAAGAAGUGCUCUGUAUACUGGAAUUGAUAAUGAAGUAGUAUUCAACUCAUAUUUUGUUAUUGUAAUCAACAUUUUGAUUGUAUUGUUCUUGUUUGUUAUUUGGGGAAGUGAGUAUUCUAAUUUAAAAAGAAACUCAAGAUGGGUCAAUGGAUUUAUCUUAUUGAUUCCCUCUUAAUUAAGAUCAGAGAAUAAACAUAUUAAUAGUUUCUUGAAAAAUUAAUUGAAAAUUCAAGGAUUAAUGUAUUUGUGA